CGCUCGUGUGCCACGGGCGUCGUCUCUAAUAUAACGCCAGGACACCCAGCCCAGCUUGUUCCAGCGCCCUUCAAGCUUCAUCUGUCGCUCCUCCGUUAAUUUCCAGAGAUCCUCAGAGUCCUCCUCGUGCUAGCAAUGGAGCUCUCUCGGAAGCUCUUCUCGGCGGUGCUCCUCGUGCUGCUGCUGCUCGUGGCCACAGAGGUUGGUGGGCCGGUGGGCGUGGCGGAGGCGCGUACGUGCCUGUCGCAGAGCCACAGGUUCCGUGGCCCCUGCGUGCGCCGGGCCAACUGCGCCAACGUCUGCAGGACGGAGGGCUUCCCCGACGGCAGGUGCCGCGGAUUCCGCCGCCGCUGCUUCUGCACCACGCACUGCCGCGCCUGAUGAGCGAGGGAUAUCGUCGGCCGGAGCUAGCUGCGGCCCGUGCUUGGCUGCGUGCCUUCUAAUUCUGCUGCUGCCGGUGUUGAAUAAUCGGCCUAGUGUGCCUGCCUGUGUGUCCUUUUUAAUUACUAUACCUCGCUCUGUUUAAUGAUUAAGGUUUUGAUUUUCCUUUUCUCUCCCCGUUCUCGUACGUCCGAGUCGCGCUCGACUUUCAAUUCGGUUCCGACUCGUACGUAGCUACUCCGAUAUGAUCCACCUCCAGUACCGCAUCUACUAUAUUUAACAGGCGCAGCAAUGCAAGAAACCUUAUUAA